AUGGGGGAUCCGUGGGGUUUGGGGUUCCAUCUCAUUUUCAUAUGUGUUUUUUUGUUUGCAACCAAAUAUACUUGUUUGGGUGUUGGAAAUGUCACUGUUGUUUGCUCCCAGAAAGAACGACUUGCUCUUCUCAGGUUCAAAGGGAGUGUCAUCGAAGAUCGUUACGGAAUGUUGUCUUCAUGGGUGGGUAAGGAUUGUUGCCAGUGGGAAAGAAUCCACUGUGACAGUCUCACUGGAACCGUUGACAGCCUCAAUCUCAGAGGAGAUUACUAUUUUGGUGAAGGAGAAAGCUACUUAGUUAGUUAUGAGGUGAACUCUUCAUUGGCUGAGUUGAGGCAUCUCAAGUACCUGGACUUGAGUCAGAAUGAUUUUGGAGGAAGCCGGUUCCCUGAGUUCAUUGGAUCCUUCAAACAGCUGAUGUACCUCAAUCUCUCUGCUGCUGGUUUUCAAGGUAUUAUUCCUCCCCACAUUGGAAAUCUUUCUAAUUUAAAGGUUUUGGAUCUCAGUUGGAAUGAUGAGCUGAUGUCAGAUGAUAUGUCAUGGACUUUUGGCGUUACAUCACUCGAGCAUCUCGACUUGAGUGAUGUGGAUCUUGGCGGAGCAAAGAACAUGGGCAUGGUGCUUUACAAUCUUCCUUCGUUAAAAGAGUUAAGUUUGCGUGGUUGUGGACUUUCCAAUGUCCAUCUUGGUCCUUUUCUUAAUUCAAGUAGAAUUCUUGCCAACAUAAAACACCUUGAUCUUGGCUCCAAUUCUUUCAAAGGUCCACUCCCUGGAUUCUUCCGAAACAUGACAUCCCUUGAAUUUCUGGAUCUUUCUGGUUUUAGUCUUAGUUUGGCAUGGAACUUUGCAAACUUGCUAAACAUGAUCCCUUCCUCUUUAUCAGAGCUGCAUUUUUCAAGUUGUUGGCUAGAUAAUAAGACUUUUCUAUCUUCCGCUCAUUUUAAUAUCAGUAUGCUUUCUAACAUCCAACACCUGGAUCUUAGCCGAAAUUCAAUUGAAGGCAUAUUUCCAUCUGUUUUCAGUAACAUGAGUUCCUUAAGAGUCCUUGAUCUCUCAGGAAACAUGCUGCAUUCUUCGGUUCCUAUUAUGGCUAACCUUCUAGAGCUUGAUCUCUCUGUUAACCAGUUUAAGAAUAUUGAGGAUGUUGGAAUCUGGAGACAGUGUCACCUGAAACAGUUGUUUGCAUUGAGGAAUCCUUUUGAAAUAGAAAGGAUUGACCCACCGCAAAACGUUUCAGAAUGCUCCCAAUAUGCUUUGGAGUGGUUGGAUUUAAGUGGGUGUUUGAAUGGUACGAUUCCAGAAGCAUUUGGAAGACUAACCAAUUUAAGACACUUAGAUCUAUCAAUGAGCAGUUUGACAGGUCCAAUCCCCGAAUCUCUAGGAAGAUUAAGAUAUUUAGAAGAAUUAUAUUUAUCUCAUAACCGGUUAACCGGUCCCAUUCCUACAUUCCUUGGGAAUCUUUCCAGACUUGACCUUUCUUAUAACCAAUUGAAUGGUUCAAUUCCAGAAUCCUUUGGAAAUCUUGCAGCUUUAGAAUCUUUGUAUCUACAAUCCAAUCACUUAACAGGCCCCAUCCCAGCAUCUCUAGGAAGACUUGUUUCAUUACAAGAAAUUAGGAUGUCUUCAAAUUUGUUAAAUGGGACUAUUCCGGUUUCCAUUGGGCAACUUGCCGAACUCAGUUUGCUAGAUAUCUCAGACAAUUCUUUAGAAGGAGUAGUUUCUGAAGCCCAUUUUGCUAACCUUGCGAUGUUGAGUGCCUUGGAUGCUUCUUCUAACACCAAGUUGACAUUCAAUGUUUCAUGUGAGUGGAUUCCUCCAUUCCAAUUGCGAUUUCUUUAUCUCGGUUCUUGCAAUAUUGCAAAUGGAUUUCCGCAGUGGCUACGAAAUCAAAGGGAGCUCUCUGAGUUAGUGUUGUCGAAUGCUUCAAUUUCGGGACCUCUGCCCACAUGGUUGCGGAAGAUGCCUGUCAUUGCUUUCUUGGAUCUCUCUCACAACAAACUCAGCGGACCAUUGAAAAACCUUCCAGAAAUAGAAUGGGAAUUAAUACUAGCAAAUAACAUUUUCAAUGAGUCGAUUCCAAGGUCCUUGUGCAGAUGGACAAAUUUGAAAUAUCUUGAUCUUUCCAGAAAUAGGUUAACAGGGAAAAUUCCCAAGUGUCUCCAGAAUCUAUUAUGGCUGGAAACCAUGAGAUUUGGUUCAAAUUUGCUUUCAGGUGUCAUUCCAAGUUAUAUAGCAAAUAAUCAUUCAUCAUUGUAUUGGUUAACAUUGAAUGGCAAUAACUUCAUUGGUGAACUUCCUCGAGAGUUGGGGAAUUUACGAGCUUUAAGAGUGUUAGAUGUGGGUGAUAAUCAACUGUUCGGAAACAUACCCCACUGGAUCGGAGAAAAGCUGACAGAUUUGAUGGUUUUAAGGUUACAUGGGAAUAAAUUCACUGGGGAAAUUCCAGAAUCUUUGUGCAAAAUGUCGAAACUUCAAAUUUUGGAUGUUGCACACAACAACUUCACAGGUAUCAUCCCUCAUUGCCUAAGAGAGUUGAGUGCCAUGGUUAAGGGUGCAGAACAGCGGUAUAAUGACACUCUUGAUCCCAACGAGAAUGUGAUUCAGGUGAUGAAAGGUGUUGAUCUUGAAUAUACAAAAACUUGGGAUAUAGUUUUCAACAUGGACCUUUCGAGCAAUAAACUUGUAGGAGAAAUUCCGGUCAACCUCACAGCACUUUCUAUGCUGAUUGGUCUGAAUCUGUCAAAUAAUCAUCUCAGUGGGAUGAUUCCAGAAAACAUUGGGAACAUGACGAGGUUAGAAUCUCUCGAUUUAUCUGGAAACAAGUUGACCGGGAUGAUCCCUCCAAGCAUGGCAGCUUUGACUUUUUUGAGCCAUCUGAAUCUGUCACACAACAACUUGUCGGGACGAAUUCCAACAGGCCAUCAGUUGCAGACCCUUAUUUAUGAUCCAUCAAUAUAUGCUGGGAACGAAGAUCUUUGUGGACCUCCAUUGCCAAACAAUUGCUCAGAUCAUCAAGACCCAACAACAACAGCAAAGCCCAAGAAGAAACAUAAAGCAGCUGACAAGUCGAUCAAGGUAUGGUGGUUUUACCUAGAUAUUAUGAGUGGUUUUGCAACAGGGUUUUGGGGUGUUAUUGGAGUUCUGUUGUUGAAGAAGCACUGGAGACACAAGAUUUUCAUGUUUGCUGAUGAAACUGUGGACAAGAUAUACGUUGCAAUCGUGGUAAGAGUUGCCAAGAUGAAGAGAGGACAAGAAGCCACAUAG